UUAAGAGAGGUAAGGGGCCAGCGGGUACUGCCUGAGGACAAAGAGGGCAUUACAAUAAUCCUACGGUGUUGCAGUACCCGACUGAAACGCAAAUUCAAAGCAACUGCUCUUUUCCAGGUAUUUACAGUAACUUGUGUAUGAGUGGUUAAUAUGAAUACAUUUAAGAUCAAUUAUUGGAUUGAUAAACACAAUGUUUCCAUCUCUCUCUUCUAAGGAUUUAUAACAAUACAUUUUAUUCAAGAUAUUUGGAUAUUUCAUAUAUGUACAUGGUCACUUACUUAGAAAUAUUAAUCUCUUUUCAUUGAUAAAUAUUUCCUGAUCAGAGGAAACAAAACUGAAUUAUAUUGAUUUACAGUUUAACUGAAUAUUUGUAGUCCCCUCAAUACAUGACAAGAAAAAGGCUGCUCCAGACCCCUAAUUCUAGUUUAAAAGGCAACCCACUUUCCAAAUGAAAGGAGCACCCGCCCACUGCAUGCUAUUUUGUAUUUUUCCUAGUUACAAUUCGCAUUAAGGACAUUUUUGAAAGAAAUUUCUCUCUUAACAGGAGGUGUAUGACUGGGCAGGGUCACAACGGAAUGUGCCCCUAAAUUUUACCCUACAGAGACAAAAGCACGUGGUUAAACACCAAGAUCUCCUUCUGGACAAGGAGGUGCUAGAUAUCUGCGAGAGGGUAGGUACAUAAAGUUGUAUCUAUUAUACUGAUUUUUUUCUUACACAACAAGAGUCCCAGUCGGGUUCAAAUUUUCCCCUCUUUGUUACUGAAAUAACAUCGUAAGACAAUAAAAUAUCAUUGCAGCCGCCAAAACCUUUAAGAAAAACAAAUAAACCCGUUAAUUUAAUUAAGUUGUUUACUUUUACUUCAGUUAAAACAACGUACCUUGUCUUUUUCGCUUUAUCAGAGUAAAAAAUUCCGAAAUUCUUGAUUGGUGCUAGGCGAUCUUACACCUCUUCCACGGUACAGAAUCGUCACGACGCUAUUUAUCAAACGUUUCAAAGGCCGUUAGCGUCCGUAAAGACACGACAAAACCCCAGUAAUAGCCACUACUGUUAUUCUAGCUGUGAAAAGCUUAAACUAGUUAUCUUUCAUCUUCUUGGUCAUGUGUACGGUACAACGCAUAUCUUAAUUUAUGUAUUCCACACAUUUUGUAACAUGGCUCGACAACUUCGAGAUGCUUUGCAACUUCACGAGAAAAGAAGAAAAUUUGGGCAUGAGCAAUCUGAAGAAACAAACGUUUUACUCAGGAAUAAUAUAUAUUCUCCGCAAUUUCAAUUACAGUAUACGAUAUUCUAUUAGUGCCUAUACUUCAAAUGGUGUUUUGCUAGAUGGUUUAAUGGACGAAACAAUAAUUUCAGCAGUAACAUAUCAAUUACAUCUUCACAAAUCUAUUUAGGAUCCAGAGGAAGCCAAGGCUCUCCUAGAUGACCAGGUAGGGAACAUUUUUUGGUUUUACACUGUGUUCUCAAUCAAGGGCUUAGUUUGUAAUUUAUUAUUGAUUACAUGAUGGAACAAGAUAAACAUUACCUGACUGCAUUUAAAUACAUCCUCACAAUUAAAAUUGAUUUGUCGUUUUCUCCUGGAAAGGGAAAUCUUGCAAAUCCAACAACUUAGGCAGACAAACAAAACCUUACACUUGACAAAUGACUGUUGUUUCUCUCCUAAACCACAACACACUCAAGGGAGACUGACAAGGCAUGCUUCCUGACCAGGGAUAAUGCCUUACUGCCACGACACUUGGGGGAGAGGGACAAGGCCUUAGUGCCGUGACACUUGGGGGAGACUGACAAGACCGUUCUUCUCCUGACCAGGGACAAGGCCUUAGUGCCGUGACACUUGGAGGAGACUGACAAGACCGUUCUUCUCCUGACCAGAGACAAGGCCCUAGUGCCGCGACACUUGGGGGAGAUGGACAAGACUGUUCUCCUGACCAGAGACGAGGCCUUAGUGCCGCGACACUUGGGGGAGACUGACAAGACUGUUCUCCUGACCAGGGACGAGGCCUUAGUGCCCCGACACUUCGGGGAGAUGGACAAGACCGUUCUUCUCCUGACCAGGGACGAGACCUCAGUGCCACGACACUUGGGGGAGAUGGACAAGACUGUUCUCCUGACUAGGGACGAGGCCUUAGUGCCGCGACACUUGGGGGAGAUGGACAAUACUGUUCUCCUGACCAGGGAUGAGGCCUUAGUGCCGCGACACUUGGGGGAGACUGACUGGACUGUUCUUCUCCUGACCAGGGACGAGGUCUUAGUGCCAUGACAGUUGAAGGAGACUGACAAGACCACUACUGGAUUGACUGGACUGUUCUUCUCCUGACCAGGGACGAGGCCUCAGUGCCGCGAUACUUGGGGGAGACUGACAAGACUGUUCUCCUGACCAGGGACGAGGCCUCAGUGCCGCGAAACUUGGGGGAGAUGGACAAUACUGUUCUCCUGACCAGGGACAAGGCCUCAGUGCCGCGACACUUGGGGGAGAUGAACAAGACUGUUCUCCUGACCAGGGACGAGGCCUUAGUGCCGCGACACUUGGGGGAAAUGGACAAUACUGUUCUCCUGACCAGGGACGAGGCCUUAGUACCGCGACACUUGGGGGAGACUGACAAGACCGUUCUUCUCCUGACCAGGGACGAGGCCUUAGUGCCACGACACUUGGGGGAGACUGACAAGACCGUUCUUCUCCUGACCAGGGACAAGGCCCUAGUGCCGCGACACUUGGGGGAGAUGGACAAGACUGUUCUCCUGACCAGAGACGAGGCCUUAGUGCCGCGACACUUGGGGGAGACUGACAAGACUGUUCUCCUGACCAGGGACGAGGCCUUAGUGCCGCGACACUUGGGGGAGAUGGACAAGACUGUUCUCUUGACCAGGGAUAAGGCCUUAGUGCCGCAACACCUGGGGGAGACUGACAAGACCAUUCUUCUCCUAAACAGGGACGAGGCCUUAGUGCCACAACACUUGGGGGAGACUGACAAAGACUGUUUCACUCCUGACCAGGGAAGAGGCUCUUUAGGAGCCACAACACCUGAUAAGAUUGGCAAGAAUGUUCCUCCUUCUGGUGAAUGAAUAGGCUCUUGUAGAGACAAGACAAUCAGAGAGUUUGCCCAGACUUUUCCCCUUUGACAGGGAAAAGGCUCACAGGGAAAUUCUCUUUUAGAUAUUGAAUUUCAUUAAUUCCUUCAACGCAAUUAUUAUUAAGUGCUCCCAGAGAUACUUGAAUGAGCUGCAUGGUAGGUAUGAAAAUUUAAGAAGAAAGGGAUUUAUUAAGUAUGUUUGUUUUGAGUGGCAGGGAAUUUCCCUAGAGUAAUUUUGAUACACCGUUCCCUAUGGAAGAUGACACAUUGGCAUUGACUUGCGUAACACUGUUAUAAAAACUAACAAUAACAUUAACAUUAACAUGCAAGAAAAUGCAAAUGGUAUCUACUAUAGUGGAAAUGUUUGAGGGAGGUAUGCUGUACAGAUGAAUUUGCUUAUAAGCUGAAUUAUUCAUCACCAUGUUAUCCAUUUUGUGCAGCAUACUUCCCUUCCCUUCAUUUCUUUACAGGUUUGCUUCAAGGGAAAUGUGCCACUAGGCAAACAGGAAAUCCUGCAAACGACCGUCGAGGGUAAGAAUUGUCUUUAUGAGGUUUAUGGUAGGUUUUCUAGCAAAACUUGUGAACAAAAUUAUUAUCUUAGAAGACUUAAAAUGCUCUUUAUUGCAUCACCUCAAUAAUGAAGUGGUGGUAAAAUCCAUUACCAAUGCCUGAUGUUGAUUGUUAAAGGGAUUAAACCAUCAUCACUUUUACUGACAGAUGAAGACCACCAAGACCAUUAUAAAAAGGAAAGAAGAAUGGAAAAAAGAAGAAAAAAGGAAAGGAAAGAGAAAAGGGAAAAGAAGAAGCAAAAGAGCGAAGAGAAAAAAGACGCAAGAGUAGAUAAAGAUGGAGAAUGUAGAAGAGAAGAUGCCAGCAUGGAAGGUGAGGAAGGAGAAAAGGUAGAAAAAGAAGAAAUAAAGGAAAUCAAUGCCAAAGGGAAAAAGAAAAAAAGGGAAAAAAGAACUGGCUGCCAAAGGAAGAAGUUGAAGAAGUAG